CCACUUGAGUGGUCGAGACGGGCCGGUGGUGGGAGAGCGGCGCUAACUUGGGAACCUGGCGUUCUGGGUGGGGAGGGAAGUUGUCAUCCGGAGGGUACGGAAGAUGAAGUGGCGGCUGCGAGAAGCGGGAAGCCCCGCCCCUCCGCCAUCGCGGCCCCGGUGCCGCCUCUUCCUUUACCGCCUCCCGCCCUCCCCUGCCUUCCGGCCCCUUCGGCCCCCCUCAGGAGUAGCCCCUGGGCCGUGCCCCCCUUGGGAAGAGGUGGUCUAGAGUGGCCCUCAGACCUGCCUGGGCUGGCGGGGCGCGGCCCCCUGACGGCCAGCGAGGCCUGGCUCAGGGUGCAGGGUCACAGCGACUUCCCCACCCCACGGGGCAUGUUAACCUUAGCAGGAGAGGUCAGGGCUCCAAUUCCGCUGGCUCCCCUAAAUUCUCAGCUAGGGCCUUCCCGGCGCUCAGCAUGCCCCGCUAGCGCGUGCGCCAUCCUGGACAAGUGGUGGACUUGAGCCGGGGACUGGGAGGCCCGACCUGGCCGGAGCCCCCCUUUGGCGGGGUGGGCUCCGAUGGGGAAACCAGGUGUCUGAAGCAAACAUGACCUCUAUAAGUACUGACUUUGGGUGUGUCGCUCGACCCUGUGAGCCUCAGUUUGCACAUCCAUAAAAUGGCGAUGGUAAUUAUACUGGCCUUACAGGGUCUAAUAAUGAGAUCUCUAUGGAGAUUUUUAUUACUCACCUCUCUGGGGCAUAUUUAUCUCACGGGAAAUCAGAGUAAAACUCGUUGCUCUUCUCCUAUGGUCGCUGAGGCUAGAAUUUGACUUUGGAGAGAGGAAAGGAAGAGUGGAAGCCUGGUGAAGAGGCAGAGGCUUCCUCUGGAUUCUGAGAGUCAGAUGUUGGAAAUGUUGGGUGGAUUCACAAACUACCGCUGCUCUCAGGGGUUUUUAGAAGCUCGCCUUUGAACUGAGUUUUGAUGAGCAAACCAGUGUGGCGUCGGUGGCCCCUCCCUUCCUCCAGGCCUCCUGGUGAUGGCCCAUGUGCGACAUUUCCUCCUUGCUUUUUGGUGUUUGGAAGCCUGAGGGAGCUCAGUCCUGGCAGCAACACUCCUGAGUUGCUGGGGAAGAAAGGAUGUGGCCCCUGGACACAUCCCAGAAGGAGGUGCUGAAGUUUGCAGUCAGCUGCCGGGUCCUGACUCUGGUGCUGCAGGCUUUCUUCAAUGCCAUCAUCCCAGAUCACAGUGCAGAAGCCUUCUCUCCUCCUCGCCUCACCCCCUCAGGCUCUGUGGACCAAAUUGUGGAAUGUCUCCUGGGUGGCUUGUCUCACUGGGAUGCUGAACACUUUCUGUUCAUUGCUGAGCACGGCUAUCUGUAUGAGCACAACUUUGCCUUCUUCCCUGGCUUCCCUCUGGUCCUGCGGGCAGGGGCUGAACUGCUGCGGCCCCUGCAGGCGUUACUGAGCCUGCGGAGUUGCCUGUUAAUCUCAGUGGCAUCCCUCAAUUCCCUGUUCUCUGUGCUGGCUGCAGUUGCACUUCAUGACCUGGGCCGGCUGGUUUUGCACUGUCCCCGCCAGGCCUUUUAUGGGGCAUUGCUCUUCUGCCUCAGUCCCGCCAGUGUCUUCCUGGCAGCAGGUUACUCAGAAGCUUUGUUUGCCCUCCUGACAUUCAGUGCCAUGGGGCAGCUGGAAAGGGGCCGAAGCUGGACCAGCGGACUCCUCUUUGCCCUCGCCACUGGCGUGCGCUCCAACGGUCUAGUCAGCGUUGGCUUCCUCGUGCAUUCUCAGUGCCGAAGCUUUUUCUCUUCUCUCAUGGUGCUGAAUCCUCUGAGAGGGCUCUUGAAGCUGCUGGGCUCUGUGUCCCUGUCACUGCUCACACUUGGCCUUCCCUUUGCCCUCUUUCAGUAUUAUGCCUAUUCCCAGUUCUGUCGGCCAGGCUCAGCUCGCCCCAUCCCUGAGCCCUUCCUGCAGUUAGCUGUGAACAAGAGCUACCGGACCGUGGAUGGAAAUGCGCCACCUUGGUGCACCUGGGAGCUCCCCCUGGCCUACAGCUACAUUCAGGACAUCUACUGGAAUGUUGGCUUUUUGAGAUACUAUGAGCUCAAGCAGGUGCCCAAUUUUCUCCUGGCUGCCCCCGUGACUGUGCUGGUUGCCUGGGCAACUUGGACAUAUGUGACCACCCACCCUUGGCUCUGCCUUACGCUCGGAAUGCGAAGGAACAAGAUCAGUGAGACUCUAGAGAAGCCUGAGCCUGGAUUCCUCAGCCCUCGGGUGUUUGUGUACCUGGUCCACGCUGUAGCGCUGCUGCUGUUUGGUGGUCUGUGCAUGCAUGUUCAGGUUCUCACCAGGUUUUUGGGCUCCUCCACUCCAGUUGUGUACUGGUUUCCAGCUCACUUGCUUCAGGAUCAAGAGCCGCUGUUAAGAUCCCUGGAGACUGUGCCUGGGAAGCCUCUUGCAGGAGACCCCCCACCAGGACAGAAGGUCCCCAGAAAUUCUAUCAUGGGACUUUUGUUCAACUGGAAAACCUGUUCUCCAGUCACACAGUGCAUUCUAGGCUACUUCCUGACUUACUGGCUCCUGGGACUACUCCUGCAUUGCAACUUCCUGCCUUGGACAUGACCUGGAAUCUCAGGGGACAGGCUGAAGCAGCCUUAGCCCAGGGUCUGAAAGCACAAACAUGCUGGGUCUACUUGCACCACCCGUCUCUGGGAUCCCUUUUCUGCUCACGCUAAGUGCUCCCAUCCCUCUCUCCUGUGCGAAUUCUCUUCUCUUUCUCUUUGAAGAUGGGCUAGGAAUGGGACAAGUGUGACUCACUUGUGCUGGUUAUAGCAAAUUCUAGGGAGUAAAUAUUUUCUUUGUAAGAGAAGAAAUUGUAUUUCAAGUCUAAAGUAUACCUGGAUCUGUCUUGUCAGACAAGCACAGUAAAGACACUCUUAAACUUA